CUCUGCUGACAGAUGUCACACGUCAAUAGCGGCGUGCUAAGAAGUUAUUUCUAGGUUAUAUUGUGUUGUUUAUAAUUUAAAAACAUGGGAAAAGUUAGGAAACGAAAACCAAAACCAAACAGAAUAGACAACAAUGAGGCGGUUACCAAUUCUGACGAAGAAGAAUUACCAGUUGACAGUAAAGAAAACGUGAUUCAAACAAUAAUUGAUCAGCUACAGGCUGCAAAUGUUGAAGAAAAAUAUUGUGGGCUGCAAACAUUUGCCAUGCUACUAGACAGCAAAGAAAGUUUAGAACAAAUGAUCAAUAGGGGGCUGGUGAAGAUGGUGGCUCCACUUCUGCUUGACGCAGCUUCAUCAGUCAGAAAUGCAGCGGCCGGCUCACUCAGGAAUCUGUCGGCUGUCGGUCAUCAGAUGUGUGAUGUUUUGAUGGAACAUGAUGUUAUGACAUCUUUAGUGUUUUACUAUCACCAGUACACAGAGACUUGGGUACCGGAUGCUAGUUCCAAAAAUAAAGAUGAUUCUGAUACAUUGGUUCAAUGUACUAAUCUUUUAUUAAACUUAUGUGAAAGUUCAGAAUUAGCCGUAAAAUAUCUUGGAGAUUCGAAAAUAUUAGACAUAUUUCCAAGAUACUUAGACAUAAGCACAUUUGGAGUUGAUAUUGUUACAGCAAUAAUGCAGUGCUUGUUUGUCGUUGUUGAGGACAAUCCAUUGGCUGUUGAAAAGAUUAAGAAUUCUUCGGAAAAACAGCUGAAAGAAUUGCUAUUGUUAGAAGCCAAUGACCCUUCAGCUUUAUUAAUAAAAACCCUUGCAGGAGGUGUUAUUAUUAAUAUGUGUGGUGGGAACAUAUCUAGUUUACCACUGGAUGUGAUGAACCAAAUAAUUGCAGUAUUGGCAAAAACAUUGUCCUUGGAUCACAGAUUAGCAUGUAACCAGCUAUCAAGUAAUGUGCCUUUGAGUAAUGCUGCUGGAAAAGUUUUACCUCCUAAGGGUAAAGAAGGCCAGGUUUUGGAUAAUCAAUUAAAGUCUGUUAUUCAGAUCUUGGAUGCACAGCAGAGCGCAAUCGAAAUUAUUGCAAACAUUUGCUCAUGCGAUGAUUCAGAUGACUCUAUAGAAGGCCCUGAAUCCUCAGAUAGUGAUGAACCACUGGAUGAGGAGAUCUGUACUAAUGGAGAAGGAAUAUUACUGGCUGAAGACCGAUUACCACCAGAACUGUUAGAAGCCCUCAUUUCAUUGGAGAUAUUUGACAAAGUUUGGGCUCGCACACAGUUGCCUCCAGAAAAUGUUAUGUCAAUAUUGAUAGAAUAUGAAGGUUCACAGCCAAUUUAUAAAAAAUUGCACAAUUUGCAAACAAGGGCCCUGUUAUGUAUCAACAAUAUGUUAUUGAGUCUACCAAUAGAAAGCCUCGGUGGUGUCAAUGGUGUUUAUAAAAUAUGGGUGGAUGCAGGCAAACUUGUAUUUAAACAGAACUCGGGGAAUUUAACCCUCUUGGAAUCCGCCACCGCGGUUAUGAGAGCUGCUUUGGACAAAAUAAAAUUAAAAGGCAAUGAGAAACCAACUGAUUGUAAUCUAUUCAGUGAUUUGGCGCUAUCUGACAUUGAGAUUAUGUUAACUGGAAUCAGAGACUGCCAAGAGCCUGAGAUAAGGUCAAACCUCAUCCGUAUGAUUGGUAUAUUGGCAUUACUAUUAGUUAACAACCUAAAUGAAACUACUUCUACCGUAAUAUGCACUAUCACUGACUUUAUACUAGAGCAAGCACACAAGGAAAAUGACGUAUGGGUUUUAGCAGAAGCUAUUGACACGUUGGUGGAUUUGUAUUCGGAAGAUGAAACGGAUUUGCUAGCAGCUAAGGUUAAACUUGUUGAAAAGUUGUCUGUUUUAGCACCUAUAUUUAAAAACAAGGCAAGACAACAAAAGAAGCUUCCGAAGGAGUACAAAGUUCUGGUCACUACGGCAAACUCUAAUUUACCAAGGUUCAUAAAAUAUAAAAAGGCAAGACUUUCGAAACUAUGUUAAGUUGUAGUUAGAAAUAUUUAACCAACUAUAUGUUUAUGUAUAAAUAAUACUGUUUAUUUUUUAAUAAAUCACAUUUAUAUAAACAAA